UUCCUCGCCUAACCAGCAUCCGCCCCAAAGUUUUUUUGUCGGCCGAUAUAUACUCGUGGAGACGCGAGGUAUUCAGGGAACACAACUCGAAUCAGUCUCGGCGUAGGUAUGGCACGCGCCGAGACAGCCCGCUCGGACGAAGAGAGUCCUUGCCCAAUCCAGGAGACAGACCAGGCCGUUGACGAGUCAUCAGACGUUGACGGUGAUUUUGCCUCACUUCAAAAGAUGCUGAGCCAAAAAAGGAGGGCGGCCAAAGACAGCCCAGAGGUCCGCCUCCAGAAGGCCCUCCCAUUCCUAGGGGCCUUCGCGCCUAAUAUCCGGCCGUUGACCAUCAACGACCUCGAAGCAUGUAUUGCGUUGGAGAAUGCCGCGUUCCCUAACCCCGAACACCGGGCGUCACCCCAAAAGAUCGCCUACCGCCUCACUGUCUGCCCAGAACUCAGCCUAGGUCUCUUCCUCACCAUCAUCCCGGAGCGGGCCGCAAAACUGGGCCUCGAGACACUUCCACUCGCCAAACCAGUCGAGACGGGCCGUGCCGAUGGCGCCGUGAGCGUGCUACUCGCCCACGUCAUUUCGACACGAUGCCGGGGGGAUAUCAUCACCGAUGCCGACAUGGCGUACCCGGAAGAGUGGCGAAGCCAGGCCGGGCGCGCAGCCGGUCAGCACGUUGGGCACCAGGAGGCCGGGCGGACCGUCGGCUUACACUCGCUCGCCGUGCUACCGCGGCUACAGCGCUGCGGCAUCGGGCAGACGAUCAUGAAGGCUUAUCUCGACCAGAUGAAGUCAUGCGGGCUGGUAGAUCGAGUGGCGUUGAUUUGCCAAGAUCAUCUCAUGUUAUACUAUCAACGAUCCGGGUUUAAACAUCUCGGGGAAAGCAAGGCGCAGUUUGGGGGAGGCGGGUGGCAUGACAUGGUAAACUCUUUCUCCCUGCCCCUGAGUCUGGUCUGUGGUCGUGUGCGUUGAUGUUCAGGACUCACCGUUUCUUCAGGUCCACGAUUUACCGCGUGAAAGCAAGACGCCAAAGUCAUAGAAGGAAACGGUAGCACGACGGAGGGCGGCAAGACGGGAACAGGAGGAUCAAGAUUGGGACUUUUGUUGACUGAAUCGAGAAAUAAUCCCGCUCUCGUUGGACCGGUUGUGCAUACAUAGGCGGGGAUACAUCAACCGGAUGCCCUGGGGCUCGGCAAUGCGGUC